CUCAUUGAUAGCUGUGAACCAACGCAAGUAAAACACAUGAUGCAAGUGAUAGAGCCCCAGUUUCAAAGAGACUUCAUUUCCUUGCUCCCCAAAGAGCUGGCACUCUAUGUGCUGUCAUUCCUGGAACCCAGGGACCUUCUGCAGGCCGCCCAGACGUGCCGUUACUGGAGGAUUCUGGCUGAAGAUAAUCUGCUCUGGAGAGAGAAAUGCAAAGAGGAAGGGAUUGACGAACCGUUACAUAUCAAGAGGAGGAAAGUAAUAAAACCAGGCUUUAUACACAGUCCGUGGAAAAGCGCCUACAUCAGGCAGCACAGGAUUGAUACCAACUGGCGGCGAGGAGAACUUAAAUCACCCAAGGUGCUCAAAGGCCACGAUGACCACGUGAUCACGUGCCUUCAGUUCUGCGGGAACCGCAUAGUGAGCGGCUCUGACGACAACACGCUGAAGGUGUGGUCAGCGGUCACCGGCAAGUGUUUGAGAACCCUGGUGGGGCACACGGGCGGAGUCUGGUCGUCACAGAUGAGGGACAAUAUCAUCAUCAGUGGCUCUACAGACCGAACGCUCAAAGUGUGGAACGCCGAGACCGGAGAAUGCAUACACACCCUGUACGGACACACCUCCACUGUGCGGUGCAUGCACCUCCACGAGAAAAGGGUGGUCAGUGGUUCUCGAGACGCUACGCUGAGGGUUUGGGACAUAGAGACGGGCCAGUGUUUACACGUCCUGAUGGGCCACGUAGCUGCAGUUCGGUGCGUUCAGUAUGACGGCAGAAGGGUCGUAAGUGGUGCGUACGAUUUUAUGGUCAAAGUGUGGGAUCCAGAGACGGAGACCUGUCUGCACACGCUGCAAGGGCACACUAACAGAGUCUACUCGUUACAGAAACACGAUGCCUGCGGCAGGGAAGCAGCCUGCACGGGCCAGUCGCUCUCUAUGGCCCGAGUGCCACGCUCGCCCCUGUUUGACCAUAGAGAUGUUCGCUUUCUGCAGCAGGAAACGGCGCUGACCAUGGAUCACCCGCUCGGGCGCAAAGGCGGCCGCCUCUCUUGGGCCGAGUUCUUGCCUCGUAACACAGUUUCCGAGGGGGAUUUACCUUUCUCGCAGUUCGAUGGCGUCCAUGUGGUGAGCGGAUCUCUUGACACUUCCAUCCGAGUUUGGGACGUGGAGACGGGCAACUGCAUUCACACGCUAACAGGCCACCAGUCUCUCACAACUCAUGACAGAACGUUCUGGUUUCCCCUUGCAGGUCCCAACAAGCAUCAGAGUGCUGUGACAUGUUUACAGUUCAACAAGAACUUUGUAAUUACCAGCUCAGAUGACGGGACUGUAAAACUCUGGGACUUGAAAACGGGUGAAUUUAUCCGAAACCUAGUCACGCUGGAGAGCGGGGGAAGCGGAGGCGUCGUGUGGCGGAUCAGAGCUUCUAACACAAAGCUGGUGUGCGCGGUUGGGAGCCGCAACGGGACUGAGGAAACAAAGCUGCUGGUGUUGGACUUCGACGUGGAUAUGAAGUGA